AUGGAGCUAGAUGCCGCCGAAAAUGCUCCUCGUACCGUCGCAGAAGGGGCGCUUGCGGCUUCAGCCGCUGUGGUACGAGGAGAACAAAAGCAGGUCAAUUCUCUCGGGCUACUUGCUUCUGAGGCCAUCGCCCCUGACAAGACUGAAAUGUCGGGGGUAACGAGCCUUGUGCCACUUGCAGCUAGUGCAUCGCGGGCAUGCGUGGUAUUUGAACUUCAGAGCGGCCCAGAAAAGUGCCUGCCCCUGGGCUCUCUCGAUAUAUCCACCAUUCGCAACGACAAAGUCCUUUAUUACUUUGGUGUACUGGCAAUACAGGCCCUUCUACUUCCAAAGUUUCAGUGUGACUCUAGCAAAAAGCGUGGCUUUUGGAAAGGCAAGUUGACUUUGUACGGGCUAACCUUUGAGUCGGACUAUACCUUCCAUACACCCCUCCAAGCCAAAAGCGCUAUGGCCCGUAAGGCCCUUGAGAAGCUGCAGAGCCCCUACUCCUCCUGGAAGGUGCCGCCUGAACCGAUGGACUGCCCUCUAGCGACGGGGUGGGGUUGGACAGACAUCUUGAAAGAUUACUGCAUUCAGAAUGGUUUGCCGGAGCCAACAUAUACCGAGUACAGUCACAAGCAAGGUUGUCGCCAUGAGGCUCAUGUAGCCAACUUUUCACGCUUUGGAGUACUCAAGCAAUACAAUCAGGAGUGGAACUCAAGGAAUGCCGCUGCCCAAAUGACCUUGUAUGCGCUUCUGACGUUUGGUCAACUUCCGCCGGAUGGCAUCAGCGGAGCGGCCGCGCUACGAAAUUUCGACGAGGGCCUAUUAGUCGUGGUCCCUAGAGAAACAGUCGAAGCGGGUAUAAGCAACGGGAAAGAUAUUUCAAAGGGCCCACGCAAAAGGCUUGGUGAUGAUCAUGCCAACAAAGGCCAAGUUAAAAAGCGAGGGUUCAAAAGCAGCUCUGAGAGCAUCAACGCCAACCUUUUACCCUUGGCGGGCAACGCUAGGUUGAUACCAGUUGAAGAGCGCGAGGAAAACGUAGAAAAGAGAUGGAGCGUCAGCUAUUGGGAACUCAAGUCAGAAUUGGAGAGAGGCUGCGAGACACACACAGGAAAGCUUCAGAAAAACCCAGAGUUCCGGAUUGAGAGAAACAACGGCAGUUGGAAGGAAGGCGAUUACAACGCCGCUGCGUAUUUCAACAAUGACCCCUUCCUGCGUCGUGCAAGUCCGAUCGGAGAGUCCAAAGGCAGCAUGUCCGAAGCCAAAGAGGCCUGUGCCCAAAAAGUGAUUACAUAUCUCAUCGAGAUGGUGAGGGAAGACACUCGUUUGGAAGAUGAGGCAGCAAGACAGAGUGAUAGGAUCAGAAACUGGGGGAGCAUUAGCCGCUAA